AUGUACCGGCGAGAGCUGGAGGGUUGCGAGAAGAUCCUUGGACCUGACCACCCAGACACCCUAACUGGUAUCGGAAACCUUGCCGUUGUGCUAGAAUCUCAAGGGAAGUACGAUGAAUCAGAGGCGAUGAAUCGGCGUGCACUGAGAGGGCGUGAGAAGAUUCUUGGACCUGACCACCCAGACACCCUAACAAGUGUCGGAAACCUGGCCAGUGUGCUAGAAUCCCAAGAAAAGUACGGUGAAUCGGAAGCGAUGUACCGGCGAGAACUGGAGGGUUGCGAGAAGAUCCUUGGACCUGACCACCCAGACACCCUAACAAGUGUCAACAACCUAGCUAUUGUGCUACAAUCCCAAGAAAAAUACGAUGAAUCAGAGGCGAUGAAUCGGCGUGCAUUGGAGGGGCGCGAGAAUAUUCUUGGACUAGACCACCCAGACACCCUAACAAGU